UUUUUUUGCUUGGAAUUUUCAACAAAAUUCCGUUGGCUCUUUGCCUUUUUAUUUGUUUAAAGUCUCACAGUUUCGGUUCCACCAUUUUAAAGAAAGAAGAAACACUGUUUAUAACGAACGUUUUGACCUCAACUGAGACAUUUUCAGUUGAGAACUUGAACUGAUUUGCAUUGCGCACACGCACACAAUUGAAUUCGAGUGACAUUCUAGUGACGUUUUGGAACAUUUUGUGCGUCGAGUUUAUUCAUUUCCUAUUGCAAGACGAGAGGAAAAAAAAAAGAUACACACAGUUUUUGAACUUGACGUACCCGUUUGGUGUGUGUGUGUGUGUGUGUACGUGUACGUGUGUGCUGUUGUGGGUUAUUCGUGACUGGGGUGAACUCUCACGUCCUCGUUUCUUUCUUUUUUUUUUUUUUUUUGGUUGUCUCGACCAUCAACGGGAUUUUAUUAUUUAUUUUUUUCUUUUCAACUUUGUACGUGUCGUGUGUUUGGAAUUAUCCGGUAUCGAAACAAAAAAAAAAAAAACGUCUGCUGGACAAGCGGAUCAUUCAAAGAAUAUUCACUUUUUGUGUGUGUGUGUGUGUGUGUGUGCGAAAAAAAAAAAAAAAAAAAAAAUCAAUGGCGGAAUUUCAAGAAUAUUAAGAAAGAAAAAGAGUAGAAAUAAAAAGAGAAGUAAGCUGCGAGUUGCAGAGGAGAGGAAGGAUCACGACAAAGUGCGUUGAUUCCGGAAAUUACCACACGAACAUCAUGGCUCACGUCGCCAUAUUGAAAGCCCAUAACAAGGCCUACCAUCGGGGCUCGGAUCCGAGAGCGGCCACAUGUCGCUCCAAACUGCAAUCGAAAAGGGCCAAACUGAAUCAAGAAAUCAACAAAGAACUUCGCUUACGAGCUGGCGCCGAGAACCUUUUCAAAGCGACGAGCAACAAGAAGCUGCGCGAGACGGUCUCGCUCGAGUUGAGCUUUGUCAAUUCCAAUCUGCAGCUGCUCAAGGAACAACUGGCCGUUCUCAACAGCUCGGUCGAGGUCUACCAAGGCGACCAGCACGGCGGCCUCACCCAUCACAUCCCCAUGAUUCCGCUAGGCCUCAAAGAAACCAAAGAAGUCCCAUUCCACGAUCCCCUGCGCGAGUUUAUCGAGGAUCAUUAUAAAGACGAGGCCGAUAACUAUGCGGAAGCCAUCGCCGAGUUGUCUGACUUGCGACAGGCCAUGAGGACGCCAUCGCGCGACGCCACUGGCAUCGGUUUGCUCUACGAGUACUACAAUCAGCUCUACUUCUUUGAACGCCGUUUUUUCUCGCCCGAACGAGGCCUGGGCGUCUUUUUCGACUGGUUUGAUUCUUUAACGGGAGUGCCGAGCGCGCAGCGGACAGUGGCCUUUGAAAAGGCGUGCGUCUUGUUCAACCUGGGAGCCUUGCACACGCAGAUCGGGACGCGACUGGAACGCGGGACGGGCGAGGGACUCGAUGGCUCUGUCGAUAACUUUUUACGAGCAGCUGCCGUUUUCCGUUUCAUUGUCGACAACUUCACGAACGCACCGUCCAUGGACUUGGCCCCGCAAGUCCUCGAGGCCUUCAUCCUCCUCAUGAUUGCCCAAGCUCGCGAGUGCCUUUUCGAGAAGUUGUUGCUGAGCUGUCGAGGGGACUCUGCUCCUGCCCAGGAUGUCGACGCCUACCUGGAACAAGCUCAAGAGGCAGCCGAGUUGUCGGACUCGUAUCAGCGCGUCUACGAAGCCCUGUCUGUCGAACUGGUCAAGGACUACGUGCCCGAUUCGUGGAUCGCUCUGGUCCAAGUCAAGAGCCAAUACUACAAGGCGAUGGCUCACCAGCUGGUCGGUUCUGGAUUUGUGGCCAGCAUCGACGGCCGUCCGUUAAGUCUCAAAACGAAGGAGACGCUCACCUUCAUGUACAGCGAGGAUGAACGAGCCAACGGCGAACCCAAUUUCGCCGCCCAUUCGGCCAGCAAACCGAGCAAAGAUAAAGUCAGCACCAUCAUCGACAUUCGAGUACCCAAAAACGAUGCCGAACAGCUCCAAUUAGGUUUGAGUCAUAUGCGUGAAUCGGUGCUUCUGCACGAAGAGAGCCUGCGGCUGCAGCGCAUGUGCCGCGAGUUGAAGAAGCGCGACCACCUGUCGACCUUUUUGCGACGGGCUCACGACGCCGCUCUCAGCGCCUACACCCGAGCACUCGGAGACGAUGAAUUCGGCGAGGCUCUCGACCCGCCUCCCAUCUUGGCAUCGACGAAAUUGCAGCUGUCGUUUGGCCAGCCGGAUUUCACCCAGCAUCCAGUGGACGAUUUAUUCCGCCAACUGGGUCCGCUGACUUUGUUCUCGGCAAAGCACAAGUGGAACCCACCCAGAGUGGCCAAUUUGCGCAAAUUGCAUGACCAAGGAUUCGGAUUCAGUGUGCGCGGCGACGGACCCAUCAUCAUCGCCGGAGUCGAUGGCGGUUCCAUCGCCGAUUUGGCUGGCGUGAGGGAAGGUGACGUCAUCAUAGGAAUCGGUGAUGCGGACGUAAAGUGGUCAACACACGAAGAGGUCGUGUCUCUCAUCAAACACGCUCGCAAUGACCUCUCUCUCAAACUGAUUCAACCCGUCGAGAAACCAACCCAACCCUCUAAGUCAAUGAUGAAAUCCAUGGCCAAAACUUUGCCCGGUGGCCGCGGAUCGACCUCGCCCACAUCGACGACCAGUUCCAGUUCGGGCGUAUCCUCGGCCGCUAGCCACUUGUCCAGCACGUUGGCCGGAAGGAGCUCGAAGAACAACAGCAAGAGCUGUGACCGGAUACACGCCAUCGGGCGUAACCUGCCCGGCGUCAGGCGGCGUGACAAGAGCCUCGACAGUCACGUCAAAUACAGAACGGACGCCAAAUCUUCCGGCAAAGGGGGAAGGAGUCGAGAUAGGACCAUCACUGGACGCCUCAGCCUGGCGGCGGAUUUCUUUAAUUUGAGCCUACACUCGAGCAAAGAUCGAGAUAGGACUGUUGACAGCGGCACGAGUAGCCAAACACGUUCCACAACAGCCGGAAGCCGGCUCACUUGGAAUCCGUUUCGGACCAAGAGCCGCGAGCGCCAGAACAGCCACGGCCACCAUCAUCUGCACCAGCAGUCGCACCAUCACGCCAUGAUGGCCCUCAAGACGCCGUCUACGCCGCCCGUUAGCGGCGAGGUCAUCUGCAAGAACAUCAUUAUGCGCUGAUUGAUUCACCUGGCCCGUAAGAAUUUUCAUUAUUUCUUUUUUCAAAUACCGCGCCCUUUUCUUUUUCUGUCUCUCGUUUCAAAAAUGGUGUAUUUCAGAUUUUUUUUUUUUUUUUUUCGUUUUUUUUUUUUUACGGUGAUGAUGGAAUAUUCAUUUUAUGUUUAAGGCGUAUUAUCCCUCAUCUUAAAAAAAAAGAAAAUAGUUCGAAAAGAAAAAAGAAAAAGAAAGAGGAAACACCUGAGCGUGCCAUAUUGCGUACAGUAUAAACGUGAACAUUUUGACUUUAAAGAUUUCCUAUCUUUUUAACUCUUUUAGUUUUAUGUGUGGUAAAUCAGACAAAACAUCUCUCCAAAUAUUUCGUUGAGACUUUCAUAUUAUAUAAAUGUAUAAAUAACUGAAGUUUAAAAAAUUCCAAGUUUAAAAAACAAAAGCAAAAAAAAAAAAAAAAAAGUUGAUCGAUUACGAUGCGAAAUGGAACGUGGACUUGAUAAACUACUUUAGUUUCUAUCCUUUUACGUCAAUAUUUUCCCUAAGAAAAUUUAAAUAACCAUGCACCUUAUGUAUGUGUGUACAAAAGAGGAUUGGAUAGUUGUGCGAAGCAAAACGGAUAUGAGAAAUGACCAAAUUCUGAUUGUAGUCCCCAUAAAUUUUUAAUAAUGUUUUUGGAUUUCUAAGCAAAAGAUAACUAUAAACAUUUAAUAAUUGACUUGUUUUUAACCAUAGUGUGGAAAACAAUUUUCUCUUGUGUUUGUUGCAUGCUUGUUCCAAAAAUUCUUCUUUUCAUUCCAUCAUCUCCCCCCGAGCUCAUUUUAUCUGUACAUUAUACCCAAUUGUUUGUGUGUGUGUGUGUGUGUGUGUGGCUGGACUGUGCUGCGUCAAUAAACCAAAAAAAAAAGA